AUGUCCAUCUACAGGCAACGGUGCAAGACAUGGAAGCUGGGAGCAGGCAGCCACAAGAGCCCAGCUUCUGCCCACGAACGCGUGGUGUGGCUGAGUGAGCGGAAAACCCCUACUUGGGGGGUUGGCUGCAGUCUGUGUGCCGCCCUCAUGGUCAGGUCGAAGAUGUUCGAUGCCCAGCAGAAGCAGAAUUCGCGAAGAACUUUCACCAAGUGGGCCAAGUAUGGUAUUGUGUCCGCCCGAUCAAUGCAGUCCUGUGCCAUACGCAAGCAUGCAGAGAGUGCCGUGCACCAAGCCGCUUUCAGAUUUUAUUUUAUGCCUGCUUCUUUGGAGACACUGCCAGUAAACAGGGAUGCUGACCUGGCAUUACUGCGAGGUUCGGUGCCGCAGCCAUCGGACUGGUUGCAAGCACUCGCCGCUGCCAAGGAGUCCCUCAGCAGCCGAACAGCGAUGCGGCUCUCCUUGACGGACCAGUUUGUGCAUAGCACCCGUGCAUGCAUAUCUGCAAUCACAGAUCGUGCGGUGGCGCAAAUGCACACUAUUCUUCAGGAGACAAUUCGCGGUCGAAAACGCAAGUUGCUGGCCGAGGCCUCGUCCAUCAGUCUGACAGUGGACGACAAGUCACCGUUCCGGCUAGUUCGCUUCAAAGCGGCCAGUGGCAAGGGCGAGGUCAGCUCGGGCAUUUUGUGUCUCAUAAAGCCUUCUAAGAUGCUGGAAGACGACCCAGAGGCCUGGGACAAUGACAAGUCCCAGCUAGCAGCUGACAGCAUAGCGGCUGGAAUCAAGGAAUUCUGUACGAGGUUGCACAGCGAUACCUUGGACGCAGAGCUGUACUCCCACAUCCUCUGCAGCAUUCAUUCGUUCAGUGCCGAUGGCGCUAGCUAUGCCCAGAAGGUCGGGAAACUCUUGAGAAGGAGGCACUGCCGCAAUAUUGCUGUUAUCUGGAGGGAUAGUUCCCAUAUGUUGCGUCUGGCAGCACAAAACCCGCUCGACGGCCUCACGGUCUACAGUAACGCCUACGAAGCACUCUUUGGCUGCAAAGGCCCCCUGCCUAUGUUGCAGCACUCCCAUGAAUGGAGAUCCAAGCUCGCAUCGCUCUCACGAAGGAUGCUACAGGACGAGCUGCUAGGCGGCGUUCUGAAACAUGGCUUGAAACACUUUUCAUGGGCCCAGCAACGCUGGGAAAGCAGCUCGGUGCCGCACAGACGGUUUUGCUUCCUCGUCCAGCCGAUCGCUUUGCUGCUUGCCAUGGUUGCAGGCGAUGUGAGGAUCAUAGCAGAGUUUCGGAACCGCUUGCGGAAGCUUUUUCUGGAGUGCCGUAUCCUGGAAGACAUCGACGACAGCGAGGGAGUGGAUGACACCAUGCAAUCUUGCGUCGCUUUGGUCACCCGCAAUGCAAUGAG